GAUGACUACUCUUUUAGACCACCCUGAUUUGACACCUGAGCAGAGGAAAAACCUCAUCCUCAAUUAUCUACCUCCUGACAUUGAUGAAGAAUACCUCAAAUCCCUGUUCUCUAGAUUAGGUGCUGUGGAAUAUGUUAGAAUCAUUAGGGACAAGGCAACUCAAAGAAGUAUGGGUUAUGCAUUCGCAAAAUAUUUUGACACCGAACCUGCAGAUAAGGCUGUGCAAGAGUUUGAUGGUCUCCAAAUUGGAGAGAAAAUAAUGCGUGUCAACUAUGCAAGGCCUCCAUCUGAAAAAAUAAAGAACACCAACAUUUACAUUGCAAAUUUCCCUACUCAUCUGGUUGAGGCAGACAUCACCAAAAUGUGUCAUGAGUAUGGACGCAUCAUCUCUUAUAAGCUGCUUUUGGAUGCUAAUAACCAAAGCAGAGGGAUAGCUUUUUGCCGCUAUGACACUAAUGAGGAAGCACUUAGAGCUAUUGAAGGUUUAAAUGGAAAGGUUCCAGCUGGAGGCAGUCUCCCCCUUCAGGUAAAACUUGCAGACAAGCCCUCAGAAAAGUACCAGAAGAUAGAGAACCAAACCAACCACAUAUUCACCAUGAAUCAGUCCUUGAGAGACAAUCUCAACGGAGCAUACCCUCAAAUUCAACAGAAUUUCCAUCCUUUGAUGACUACUCAUCCUUCAGGUGGGCACAGGAAUCUUAUCUUUGCAAGGGAUCAUCCUUUGUCAGGUCACUUUUCCCCCAUCCAAAACACUAUUCCCCCUCAACUGCAAGAAAUUGCUCGGUCUGCUUACUCCCCUCUUCAAGGAUGGUGCCUGUAUCUGUGCAAUCUCGCUCCUAACAUGAAUGAACAUGGUCUGUACAAGUUGGUUGCUCCCUUUGGAGCCAUUAGUAGCGUGAAGUGCAUGUCUAACCCUGAUGGAACAUGCAAAGGAAUUGCAUUUGUCAACAUGCCCCAUUAUGAAGAAGCUGCACUUACCAUCAAAGCAUUGAAUGGCACUGCAGUUCAUGGCAAUCUUAUUCAAGUUGAGUUCAAGAAAAAUUCCCUCAAAGCUCGACAGAACUCUGUGGUAGUAAUGCAUAAGGCGGGCUUUCCUUACCCCAACAUGCCACCUCCACCGAUGAACCCUGUGCCGGGACCACACUCUGACAUUGACGAAACUAAUUUGUAUGUCACCCAGCUUCCUGAGGUUUUCUCUGAGAUUCAACUUCAUGAGCUCUUUGGAAGAUUUGGCCCAAUUGUUUCUACAAGGGUCAUGAAAGACCAAUCUGGGAAGAGUCGGUGUAAAGGUUUUGUGAAGUUUGCGGAGAAGAUCCACGCAGAACAAGCCCUGAGGGAAUUGCACGGUUCCUGUCUUUUCAGCCCUACUGAGCCUUUACAAAUCAAAUUUGCUAACCGAUCAGCCUCAGGAGGAGUGUCCAACAUGCCCGGUCGUUUCAACAACCAAGAAUCUGGCGGACCGAUCCGAAACCGCCAAAAUCCCUCCAACAGGUUCAAUCCGAUGGGUGGACAAAACAACGGUCACAACGGAGACGGUCAGGGUUAUCCUAACUACCCUCCUACAAACGCACCUGUAAACAUGUACAAUCACCCUCCUGACCAAGCCCAACGACCCCCAAACCCGGACCAGCCCCCUCCCAACCAUGAUAUACCCGCUCCGACCGAGGAAAUGAUCUCUAACUGUUUCCAUCAUACACAAGGAUGGAGUCUGUACAUUGCAAAUCUAGAGGAAAAUGCAGACGAGCUUGCCAUUUUUAAGUUAUUUUCACCCUUUGGUGCCAUUUCCUCAAUUAACGCCAUGGUUGACUCUGAGACCGGUAAAAGCAAAGGUUUUGGUUUCGUCAACAUGCCACAAUAUGACUCCGCCUUCGAAGCAGUCAGAUUGAUGCACGGUGCCCAAAUAGCACCUGGCAAGAAUCUAAGUGUCAGUUUUAAGACCAACAGAAGAAACAACCACAGAUAUCCUAGCAGCUCAGGUGUCAAGUUGUGAACUUGACCUCUCCUGUCGACAGGAGUUGUUGAUGGUUAUUCACAUCUACUUUGUGAGACUACUGCGUGAGCUGGCCUUGGUUGUAAUCUAUUUAUA